ACAUUAAAAGACUCGGGAGCUGAAUCGUACACAUCCGGGAAUUUUUACCACGUUUUUUUUUUGCAUCUGACGUUUACACCAUUGUGUGCAAAUAUUUUGUUGGUUUUGUUGAAAUUUGAAAGGCACAAGUUUAUCUUGCUCAUAGUGAAAUGGUUUACUAUUUAACCACCCUCUCCUUGUGCAGCCAUGAGCAACUCCAGCGUGGCCCCGUCCUCCUUUGAGUUCACUGUGUUCUCAGACCUUGGCUCCCUCAGAUAUCUCUUCUUCUGUCUGUGUCUGUUGCUCUUCAUGACCAUCAUCUCUGCUAAUGUCGUCAUCAUUCUGAGCGUCUGUCUGGAGAAGUCUCUGCAUCAGCCCAUGUACAUUUUCAUCUGCUGUCUGUCUCUAAACUCUGUGUACGGCUCCGUCGGCUUCUUCCCCAGGUUCCUGAUGGACCUGCUGUCUGACGCUCAUCUCAUCUCGCGUCCAUUCUGCUUCACUCAGAUGUAUGUUAUUUACACAUAUGUAGGACAUGAGGUGUCUCUGCUUACUGUCAUGGCCUAUGACAGGCUGGUAGCUAUCUGUCAGCCUUUACACUACCACAGUAAGAUGACGUUUUGGGCAGUGCUGAGUCUCCUGGUUUUUACUGUGCUCUACCCUGUAUUUAUACUUUCCUACUUUUUCUAUCUGUCUAUUAGUUUGUCUUUGUGUGGAAAUGCACUGAAGCAUAUUUACUGCACCAACUGGUCAAUACUUCUUCUCUCCUGUGUGGACAAAGUCGUAAACAACAUCACAGGACAGUGUCUUGCUGUGGCAUCAGUUUUCAUCCCCCUGUUCUUCAUCCUCUACUCCUACCUGCGUAUUCUGCUCGUCUGCAGGAGAAGCUCAGCUGAGUUCAGAGGGAAGGCGCUGCAGACCUGUCUGCCCCACAUUCUGACCUUUAUGAACUUUUGUAUCUCAGUUUUUAUUGAAAUUUCCCUGAGUCUUUAUAAGGUUGAUGAUGUGAAUCCUAUCGAUGUCAUAGUUUUAUCUCUGGAGUUUCUGAUUAUUCCUCCUAUCAGUAAUCCACUGGUUUACGGCCUUAAUCUGCCUCAGAUCAGAACAGCACACAGACACUUCAGAAAUAAUAAAGAAUUGUGUGUUUACAUGCGGUGCAGUUAA